AUGGUAAUUAAUAGCAAUAAGUCCUCAAAUGAUGAAACGAAUCAGAAAGAUGAUAUUAUGUUCAACCGUUAUUUAAAUAAGAAUAUUUCGAAAAAUUCUCAAGACCAAAAAUUAUUGUCUCAUGAAAACAAAAAUUUGAAACACACACAUAAUACGCAAGGGACAACCAAUUUUGUUGAUUCAAAUAAUAAGAAUUGCCAAGAAGUGCCUGCAAAAAAUAUGAGGAAUGAAUCUACUUGUAAAACUAGAGACGAAAAUAAUGUAAAUAAGAAAAAUGGAAGUUAUAUGAAUUUUCUCAAAAAAAAUGUAAGGAGUGUGAUCAGUAAUAUAACUGGGGGAUUGAUAUUGGGGAGACAAAAGGAUAACGAAGGACUUUCACCUUUAAAAAUAAAUAAAAUUAGUCUAACAAAUAAUGAUAAACAAUUCAAGCAAUGGAGCACAAAGGGUAUUACAAAUAACACGCCUAAAUUGAAUAACAUAAACAAUUCAAGCAUGCCAAAUUUAAAAAAAGGACCCGAUUUUACUAAAUACAAAAGUUUAGUCAAUAAAAAAAAAUCUCCUAUCCAUGAGAAUAUAAGGGAUAUUGCUAAACGCAACAUACAAGAUAUUAUAAAAAAAAAAAUAAAUGAAAAUAAUAAACCAGGAAAAGAAGUUCCAGUAAUGCCUUUGAAAAAAAUGAAUUAUCAAUUUCCUCUUACUACCCAUAAUAGUAUAAAUCAAAAAAUUCUAGACAAUCUAAAAAAAGGACCUCCCCCGAAUACAUCCAUGGUAAAUAGAAAAGUAAAGAUGGAUAUUAAAACAAUAAAUGAUAAUAAAAUAAAAAGUAAUUUAAAUAAUAAUAUAAAAGAAUAUAAAAAUAAACAAUUUUUAUUAAAAGGGCUUAAUAAAAAUGAAAAAAUUCCAUAUAAAAAAGGUUUGUAUACACCUACUUAUAUGUCUAAUCGUAAUAAAAAAUUAAUGCAAGAUGAAGAAUUGAAAAUAAUAAGAAAUGAUAAUAAAUUUCAUAAAAAUUUAAAAAAAAUGUUAAUUAAUACUAUUAUGAAUCCUGAAAAUGAGGAAAAAAAUAAUAAAGUAAUUAUGUCAAAUAAAAAAGAUUCUUCUCCAUUUUUGAAGAGGCAAUAUAAUAAUGUAACACAUAAGAAUAGUCCAAUAAAUAAAGGACAAAAUAAUUUAAUGAAAAACAAAAACCCUAUUGAAACAAAACAAGAAAUGCUUAAAAGAUAUUCAACAGCAGUUAGAAACAGAAAUUUAAUUAUUAUAAAAUCUAAUAACACCCUCAAAUACAGUAAUACUAACACAUCUAAUGUUGUUAUUGCUAAUGAUGUAGAAGACGUAGGAAGUUGUAAAAAUAAAAAACAAACAGAAGAUACGAUAUUGAUAGAUGAAGAAGUACAAGGAUAUAAAGUGAUAGGUGGAAUAAAUAGUAAUGCGGAUUUGGAAAACUUAAAGAGAUAUAGAACUAAUAAAAACAUAUUCGAAGAAUUAAUCCAACGUAAUUUAAAUAAAGAUGAAAAGAAACAUGUUAUUUUUAAAAGUAUAGAAAAUUUUAAAGCUAGUUCCUUUUCCCCUUUAAAUAGGACUAUCGAUAAAGAUGGUAAAAAUAAAAACGAAGAAAUUAGUACGCCAAUCAAUAAUAUUCUUAAAAUAGAAAAAUAUCAAAUUUUGAAUAAUGAAGGAAAAGAAGACAAAUCAAAGGGUCACGAUGAAAAAAUAAUAAAUAACAGUAUUUUUGUUUCAAACGAUAAAAUGGACAUAGAUGAAAACAAUUUGAGCGAUGCUAAAAGUGAAAACAAUAAUAAUCAGUCUAAUGAAUUAGAUGAUGGAAUGGAUAAUAAUAAUAAUUUGAAAAAUAGCGAAAAAAAUAAAAGCUUAAAUCAUAUAAAUUUUAAACAAACUUCAGUUGAUAUUGAUAAUGAUAUAGAUGAAAUUGUGACAAUAUUCAAAGAAACAAUUAUAGAUAAAAUAAAUGAUGAAAAAAGUGGUAUAUGUGUAAGUGAUAUAAUUAGAAAAGAAGAUAAUCAAAAAUCGAUUUUACUAUAUAAUGAAAAUAAUAUGAACACUUUAAAUAGUUCUACAUUUGUGCCAAUUCCAAAAGGUGAUAAAAUGGGAAGCAAUACGAAUGAACUUCUCCAUAAUGAAGAUAACGUAAAUGCACACAUUGAUGUAAAAUUAGAAGAAAGUCAAUUUGAUAUUGAAAAAAAUAUAUAUUUUCAAAAAAAUGAAGAAAAGGUGUGUGAAAAAUUGGAAUACGAAAGAAAUUGUGACGAUAUUGGCAGCAAUCAGCAUCAAACAAAUAAUACUAAAUUGGUGAAGGAUAAAAGAAAAAAAUGGGAAUACAUAAAAAAACAUAUAUCAUAUAUUAAAACACAGGAAGCAAAACAUUUAAUUAAUGAUACAUAUAAUGAUAGUAAAAAGUUUGGAAUAACUUGUUGUUUGGGUAGCGAUGAAAAUGAAACAAAUUCUGUUACACUUUUAAAUGAUGAUAAAAUAUUACAUAAAAAUAAAAUGUGUGUAAAUUUUUCAAAACCCCAAGUUGGUAAGCGUAGUAACAGAAAUAAUAAAAUUGGCAAUAAGAUUCUUUUGUUGAAUAAAUAUACAAACAAAAUAAUAUUGAGGAGGAAAAAAUACAUAAUGAGUAAUUUUUCUUUUAAUUUUAAAAAAAAUUAUAAUCUUAGUUUAAAUAAUCAAAAUAUUAAUUUUUUUAAAAUAAAAAAAGGAAAAUUUUAUGAUAAAAAUGAAAAAUUUCACAAAAAAAAAAAAAAGAUAGAUGUGAUAAAUUUAGAGUCUCAAAUUGGUAGUAAUACCAGUAUUGAUAAUAGUUCUGGUUAUAUCACCAAAAAAAGUAACAUUUGUGGAAAUAAUAAUACGAAAAAGCGAAAAAUUUAUUUACCUUUAGAAAAAAAUAAUACACAAAAUUAUGAACAAGUCAGGAGUAAAAAAAUUAAUUCCAUGCAUUCUUUACAAGCAUGUGUGUUAUCACAAAUGGAUGGUGAAAUUAAAGAUUCACAAGAAAUAUUAACUAGCCAAAGUGUAAUCUAUAAAAUAAAGGAUGGUGUGACAGAAAAUGGGAGUGAAAAAAAAGGUGAAGUUGUUAAUUUAGCCUCAAGUGAAGAUAGCGAACAAAAUAUGCACACCAAGGAAAAUGCAUCUACUAUAGAGGAUGCUAACCAAAUGGAAGAACCUUCCCAUUCUGAUAAGCAUGAGAGUGUUUUCAGUUCUUUACAAUUUGAGUCUGAUGAUUUUGAAAAUUUAUAUAAUGACCCCUCGAGUAAAGAAGGCAUAUUUUUUUAUGAGCAUGAAUGGGUGAAUAUAAUUUUACAACUGAUAAAUAAUAAUAAUUUGGGGUUGGCAGAAAAUUUAAUGAUCUGCCUUUUUCAAAAAGAAGAACAAUUGUACAAGUCAUUUAUAAAUGAUGGACUAAAAUGCAAAAGUAGUAGUGAUGAAAAUGUGUUUGUUAAGUCAGAGGAAUGUAUAAAAAAAGAUGACGAAACAGUUAGUAGCUUUGGUAUAAAUAACAAGGAUAAUAAUAAGAAGAAACAAAAAAUAAGUAAAAAGUUAUCACCUUUUAUGCAACAAAUUUGUAUGAAAUGCCCUUUAGAUUGGCCUUUAUUAGACAUUGGAAUGUUAAUCAUAGUCUCUCAAAUUGUUUGCUAUAUUUUUAAUUAUAAUAAAAUAGAUUUUUUUUUUGAUGCCUGUAGAAUGUUUGAAAAAUAUUGUAUUGGGAUUUUAUUAAAUUCAUCAUUAAUAUGUACAAAAAAGAAUGGAAGUUUUGUUUUUAUGUUUGAACAUGAGUUUUUUCAUCAAAUUGUAAUUCCUAAGAAUUAUAAAAUAUCUAAUGAGAUGAUUAAAUAUCAUUCAAACUAUUUAAAAAAUGAUUAUUUUAUUCAAGAAAAAACAAUUUUAGAUUAUAUUUUUAUGUCCUUAGCAUAUUACAUCACUAUAAGUCAAAAUUUAAAGGAUUAUAUCGAAAAUAAUAAUAUUAUUUAUUACUUGAAAUUUUUUCACAAAGGGAUUGAUACAGACGAAGUCUCUGGGGCAAUGUCGGACAUCUUCCCCGAGAAGAAACUCAAAAGGAGACGGACCGAAGAGGGAAGCGACGAAAAAAAUGAUGGCACUACUGACAAUCCGUUUGGGAGAACAAUUUUAUCAGACACGACACACAAUUUUAAGAACGACUGCAGUAUCAAACAUAGGCAUUCUGAAUGCUUGCAUAAAUAUAAGAACAGAUCAGAUUAUAUAAGUAAAGAAAAGAAUCGAAAAAAAAGGCUAAGUAUAUUGAGAACAUCUAGAUGUAUAAAAAAGUUGAAAAAAAUAAAGGGAAUUAGUAAAAUUGAAAAAAGUUCUGAUUUUGAAGAAUUAAAUAGUAGUAGCCAAAACAAUGAUAACCAACUUAAUCAGGAUGGCUGUAUAAAAAAACGACCAAACUAUUCAAAGGUCGAAAAAAAUGAAUUAAAUUGUUUACUUAAGAAUAGAAAGAUUGAUACAAUUGUAAAAUAUCAUACGAAAACUAAAUUUGAAAAAUUAUUAUGUUUGAUAAUUAUUGAAAUAUUUAAUUUAAUAUAUGACAAUAGAAAAUAUACCAUUGAAAACAUUUUAAUAAUUCGAAAGUUUUUUCGAAUUUUCCUAAAUUAUGCACAAAAAAUGUUUAUUUCAUUGUCUAUAUAUAUACAUUCAAAAAAAAGUAAAAAAAAAAGUUUAGAUCCUUUGCAAAACCAAGACUGGAAAGAUAAUCCCAUUGGUACAUAUUACAACAAUAGGGGAACUUGUAUUGGCCACGAUGUCAGAAGCGAGGAGUCAGAUCCAUUUAUUCCAAUGCCAAAUUAUAUAUAUGAAAAUUAUUAUAAUAUGUGGGUAUGGAUUGAAAGAAUGUUUUGUGAAAAUUUUUAUCAAAUAAAUAAUAUGGUAUUCAAUUUUUUUAGUUUUGAAAAAAAUGAUAUAGACAGUAAAAAAUUAAAUGUUGAUUAUAGUAAGCUAGAAUUAAUAAAUCGAAAUAUAAAACGAUUUUCAUCUUUACAAAAAAGAAAUAGUUUUAUAUUAAAGGAGUAUUGGGCUAUUUUUGGUUUGAAUAAUGAUUUAAAAAGUGGUGUAAAAAAUAGUAGUAAUACUUUGGACGAAGGUAAUGAAUUUCUUCCUGGAAGUGUCUAUUCAAAAAAGCUGCUUCCAAAUUGUUAUACAUUUGAAGAAUGGUCAGGAAAAAAUAAAUUAUUUUAUGAACUAGAAAAACACGAUCAGGAAUAUGAUAUGCUUUGUUCCUAUUUUUUAUCUUCUAUACAUUGUAUAUGUAAGACAUAUUUAAGUAUGGGAGAAAUACCAUCAUUCCUUCAUUUGAAAAAUGAAAAUAAUGUUAUAUUAAAUAAUUCGGUAAUUAAUUCAAAUGGUAUGAAUUUGUCUUUUACAAAAACAGAAUUGAAAAAGGAAUGCAAUGAGGAUGACGAAAUAGAUGUAACUUUGAAGGAAGAUAAAGAUAGGAAUCAAAAUGGGAAAGAAUCUGCUAAAAAUUCGAAUGAAUAUGAUGAGAAAAAUGUUUUAUGGUUAAGGCAAUUGAAGAAAAGAUUAAAAGUUUAUGAUAUACAAUGGCAUGAAGAAUAUGAAAAGAAAUAUUUUAAUGUGUUAAAUUGUAUAAACUUAUUGAAAAAGCAAUUUAAAAAAAAUAAAUUAUUUUAUAAAAUAAUGAAAAAUAAUAUAUCAUCUAUUUGGUUAAGUAAAAUACAGAUAUAUUUACAAUAUAUACAAAUAGCAAUAAAUUGUAAAUUUGUUUUAGGUUACACAUAUAAUAAUAUUUAUUUGUUUAUUAAAAAAAAUUACUCUUUUGUAAUUACAAUUAUAGAGCAUUACAUGAAUUCCAAAAUGGGCGUCGCUACAGAUUCUACAGCUGCUACAGCUGCUACUAAUGUUGAAGAAACUGACCAGGCAAGAGAAAACAACGAUAAUGAUGUAGACCUGAAUAAUGAUAAGGAUUGCUCAACAGGGAGUGACACUGACGAAUCGGAUGCAUCCUCGAUCUUAGAUUUUCCUAUAGAUAUAGGGGAAUUUUCGAUUGAUGAAAAUUUUUUACUAACAGCAUGGGAAAUUGCAAAUUUUUAUUUUUCCAUUUUAUAUUACAAGCUAGAGUUAAAAACUAUUUUAAUUGAGAUAUUGAAAUGGAUAACUUUUUUUGAAAAAAUUGGAACGAAAUAUUCACAAGAACUGUUUAGGUUUCGCUCUAGUUCAUAUAUUUUGCACAUCCUCAUUUUGAUGAACAAAUAUGAAGUUGCCCAAAAGAUUAUGAAGCGCAUUUCAUGUCAUUACAUUAAGAGUGAGGAUGUGGCUGAAGAGAAUAGGGAAGAGUUGCAAGGAAGACGAUGCAUAUUGUCUUACUUAAAAAAGAACAAAAUGAUGGAUAAAAGAAGUUUGGAAAGUUUGAGCAUAUUGAAGGAAGAGAGAGAUAGUAGUAAUGAAAAUAAAAAAGGAGGUGAUAGUAGUGUAGAAAAUUUAUUUCCUUACUUUGAAAAAAAAAAAAUAUUAUUAUUUCAUAUUAUAAAUAAAUGUUAUUUAUAUAAUAAGUGGGUAAACUAUAUGAUAAUGAAAUAUAACAAAGUUUUAAUUUAUUUAUUAAAACGAAAAAAUAUUGUAAAACUAAUUUUAUUUAACAAAAAAAAUGUUAGUAUCCUUAUGAAUCGACGAAAAGAAAAAAUAUUAAUAAAAAAUAUUAGUAAGCAUAUGAUUAAAUUACAAAAUGUUUUACUUUUUUUAUAUUAUUUAUCUAUCAAAUUAUACAAAAGUUAUUAUUAUCAUUCAUCUAUUUUGCAUAACAAUACAUCUAAACAAAUAUUGGAAGCGUCUAAAUAUUUGAAUAUAAAAAUAAAAAAAAAACAGAUCAUAAUGAAUUAUAUUUCUUCAUUUCAAACUUGUCAAAAUUUCCAAACUUACAAAUCGGGAGAUAUAAAUAUGCCAAUGAGUUACAUAGGUAGUAGUCCUAUGUAUGUGUCUAAUUUAUCGGAGCAAUUUCCUAGUGCAACACUUUUUAAGUCUACCUCCUUAAGUUGUGAUAAUAAACUGAUAAGCACUAAUGCGUCUACAAUUCCUAUUCCGUCAAAUGGGGGUAUUAAAAUGGAAAGAGAUGAUUCUUUUGUUUUUGUAAAUCCAGAUUCAAAAGUAAACAUAAAAAAUGAUAGUAAUUGCACAGGGGGUAACCAAAAUAAUGAUGACAUGUUUUAUUUGCACGCUUUAAUAUUGAGUAUACAAAUACAAUAUACACUCUCUAUUUGUAUUAUUUUGUGCUCUGACUUGUUUAUUGCACCGAAAAAAGUAAACAGACUUAUGAAAAUGAAAAAUUGUGUAAAAAAAAAAAAAAAAUUAGAAUCAGCCAACUUUGUUUUAUCAUUAUUUAGUUAUAAAUUAUUAUGUAAACAUUAUAGAAUCAUAAAUGGGCAUGCUUAUAAAAAAAGAAAAGAAAGAUGUAAUAAAGAAGGUAGUGUAACGAGCCCUAUUGAAGGUGUGGAAGAAGAAAAUAAUCCAAAACAUUGUGACGACAAAUCCAAUGACUUAACAAGUAAACCGAACAUGAAUAAUACUAAUUGUUCUACAAAAGUUGAGAUAAAUAAUGAGCAUGAUGAUAAAUUGGGUAUGCCUUUACAAGAAAAUUUUCGACAGAUAGAUGAAAACAAAAUUUCAGAUUAUUCUACCAAUAAUAUAAAAUUAGGAAGUAAUAAACAGAGGGAAGGAUAUAAAUCUGACUCUUUAAAUGAUAAAUUAAUAAAUGAGUCUGACAAAAUGAAUGACGUAAAUUAUUUAAGUGAUUUUGUUCCAGGAAAAUAUGAAAAUUAUAAAAAAAAUAUUUUGAAAAAAAAAAACUACAAUAAUAUUUAUGAAAAUUUAUUUAUACUUCGAAAAAAUAAAAUAAAAAAUGUUAUUACAAAAAAAAAUAAUUAUCAUAUCUUAGUUAAAAUAUCGACAUGGUUAAGCAAAAAUUCGGUUUCCCAAUUGACCUGGAUUACCGAGAAACUGUUUAAAAUGUGCCUCCCCGAGAUGUUGUGCGUUGUUUUGGGAUUACAAGCAAACAUGCUUGUUAACAAAAAUAUCGUAGCAAAUGUAAAACGAAUUGACAGAAUCAUGAAGUUGUGCUCCGAGAGCCCACAACUUGUCUACUUCUCAACGGAGUCCUUGAAAAAGUAUAAAAAUAAAAACUGUAAAAUAUAUAAUAAAUAUUUUAAAAUUUAUAAAAAGUCAAAGGAAAUAUUUUUAGAAAAAAAAAAGGAAAUUAAUAAUUCGAAUGAUAUUAUGAAUAAGCUUUGUGAAUAUUUCCUAAAAUUUUAA